AUGGAACCUAAGUUGAAGAUUAAUCAUGAUGGAGAUGGUGAAAAUUUUGACUCAACUGAAUAUAGGAGAGUAGUGGGAUGUCUAAGCUACUUGAAAGACACUCGGCCGGAUAUAUCAUACGCGGUUGGUAUUGCUAGUCAUUUCAUGGAACAACCAACCACCUUGUAUUUUCAAGUGGUAAAACAUAUUUUGCGAUAUGUUAAAGGAACCAUUGAUUAUGGGCUUAACUGUGGAAAUGGUCGUGAAGUUGAAGACUUGGUUGGGUUUAGUGACAGUGAUCAUGAUGGUGACAAGGUUGGUGGGAAUAGUACAAGUGGAAUGAUUUUCUACCUAGGAAGAAAUGCAGUAACAUGGCAAUCUCAAAAGCAAAGGACGGUUGCUUUGUCAACUUGUGAAGUUGAGUUAAUGGCAGCCACGUCAGCUGCAUGUCAAGGCAUUUGGAAUGGAAAUAUCACAAAGGAUCUUACGGGACAUCAUGGAUGCCACUCACCUUAUUUGUUGACAACAAGUCAGCGAUUCAGUUGA